AUGGCGUCCAAAGAGUCCGCCAACAAACGCCAGGCCAAAGUGGCCGCUGGCGUUCAAACGGACGAAGUGCGUCGCCGAUGUUGGCGCCAUCGAAGAAGUAGUACCGCCAUCUCUCAGGAGAACCUGGAAAUUACCAGCAUGGACACUUCUCUAUUGAACGAAACAGAUUCGAACUGUGGAACAUUGAGCUCGAAUGCUACCAGUGACACUUUGCAGUCGAACGUCUCUCCUAGGUCCACAUUACGCAGUGCACUGCCAAGUGUAAAUUUUCCUAAAUGGUCACGCACCAGCAAGAAACCUAAUGCUGUGUCUGUACUGACAGAGAGGUAUUUAAGUGCACUGUAUCGACCGUUUGCCUCUGUUCGGAAACAGCUUACAGAACAAGCGCUGUCCAGAUGUCAGCUUGUUGGGCAAGAGCACUUUGAAGCGCACUACCUUGGACCGACAGCACUAUUCUUGAGGACAGUCCGGGACUGCCAAGGGAGUUUUCCAUCGUUCGGCCUACGGAAGCACCGCACUGGUCGAUCCAGAAAAAAGAAGUGCCCUACGGGGUGGCCCCUCUGCACCCGUGGGUCCGUCCUCGUGCAUCUGUGUGAUCCAGAUCCUUCCCUCCUGAAAGCAGGUGACUUUUAUUUCGUGGCCACACCUGUCGGGGUGGCCCUCAAGUGGACAGAACGAGGCGACUCCUCCGUCCGAGAACGGUGCCUGGACGCGCGAGAGUUCAGCCACGAAAUGGCCGCCUUGGUCACUUCUCAGUCUUCCGAAGACGAUGAGGAUGCUGCGGCGAAAAGCAAUCUUCUGGUUGCUGAGGAACAAGGCAUCCGAAGACUGGAAGUGAGCCACCUAAUGGAAGAACUGACAGCUGGGGGAAGGAGACGUGGUCGCUUGUACAACACAAGAGACAGUUGGGUUCAGACGGAGAAGGACCUUGCCAAAUCUUCCUGUCAAUCUCCCGUAGAAAGCAAAGCCGCCGAAGUUCCACAUCCUCUCGCACCCCUUGCAAGUGAAGAAGAAUUCUGCUCCGACUCUGAACAGAAGCAACGGUCAGUUCAAUCAAGUGAUAGUGUAGUUGAAGAAGAAAUCCUAACCAUCGAAAGACGAAGUCCGCUUCCGGAAGUUCAGCAACCAAAUGCCAUUGCAGACAUAAAUCCUGAUGUCAUGUGUUCUCAGGUUGCCAUUAUGCCAGGUUGCAGAGAUGUUUGUGGCAGAUCCGUUGUUUAUAUUUCUUUGGAAAAAAUACAAAGUCAUAAAAUUACAGCUGCGCAAUUGGCAGAAAUUCUGCUAUACUAUCAGAGCAUACCCAAGUAA